AUGGCCGUAAGCGAUGCUGAGGGUAAGGCAAAUGUGGAUAUUUCCGCACCAGUGCGGAAAUAUCCACAUCAGUGCAGAAGUAUCCACAGUGUAGUGGGUGGACGUGUAGUUAGAUCAUGGGUAGGAUAUGGUUUCGUACCUAAUGGUAACCGGAUAUAUUACCUGAAUCGUUCUCAACCUCCUCUACUCACUUGGUGUGUCCACGCUUACUUCAUGGCCACGAAUGACGUCGCCUUUCUGGAGAAGGUUAUGCCAACUUUACAGAAAGAGGUAAGGCAGUAG